CGGGAAUCCAAAUGAAUUUCCUUUCCAAGGUGGCUUUUUUUGGGAGUUUUCAUUUCUAUUUUCUUUUUUUUUCCAUUUUAUUCAAAAAAUACUGACAUGCCUCAUAAACGUGCCAAAGCAAGCAUACGGAACGAACGUAGAAAAAAUAUCAAUCUUCCUGCACAGGAUUCUGACCUGAACCAUGAAGCCCCAAAGGGAUUUAUGCGACUAAUGAAAAUGAAGGAAGUCAUGGAACAAAAACGAAAAACCAAAAAGGAUCAAAACAAAGUAACCAAGGUAGAACAAAUCAAAAUUCAACCUGGUGAAAAGAUGAAGGACUUUGCACAACGAGUGGAACAUGAGUAUAGAAGUGAAAUGAACAAGGCAUACAAGGAAUCAAAACCAGUGACAGAAAGGAAGAAACGGAAUCGAUUGGCGAGAAAAGAAAAGGAAAAAAAUAAGAAACAACGACUGAUGGACAAGUAUGGUGGUAGAGAUUUUGAUGAUCUCAAGGAUAAUAUAAAAUUUGGUGAAGUAGCAGAAGCUCCUCCUAUCUUCAAAAAGCUUCCAAAAGCACGUGGACAAAAUAAAGCAGUAAGUAUAUACAAAAAUAAGAAGGAUAGAUGAUGACUAACACAUUUUUUAUUCAUAGUUACUGGAAGCAAAGACAACGAUACAAAAAGAUGAUACCAAGGGUGGUUACGAAUCUGAAGAAGAUGAAAAUAUGAAAGCUCUCAAGGCUUCACACAAACGAAAAUUGGCGAAUAUGAGUGCAUCAGCGAAAAAGGCAUUGGAAGAUGAACGUGAACGGACGAUCAGUUUAUAUCGAGCGAAGAAGGCGAAGAAUAUGGAAGAAUCUGGAUUGGCUCCAUCUUAUCAUUAGUUUUAUUCAUUUAGAAAAUUGUAUUAUAUAUCCAUCAAUAAACUGCAUUUAUUAUCUCAUUUU